ACUUCAAACUCUCUGACUGGCUUCUGCUGAAGUGUCUACCUCCAGACUUGGUCAACGAUGCCAUGUUCGAUCAACUGGAUCCAGCCGCCGAAUUCGAAGGACCCACGGUAUAUGGAAGGACGUGGAAAGCGGAAAGGACGGGCGUUCAAAGUGAUUCCGCUGCCAGCAGAAGUGGAUCGCACUACGGCAGUGGGUCGGAGCCAGUGGAAGGACGUGGGCAAGAAUCAACAGAUUCGUCGUAUGUUCAUUUCGGGCGGUGUGUCGAUGUUCGCCGAGACAAUGCGUCCAUGUCUUGAAAAGCAUCAUGGCAGAGUGUUGUCAUCGUUCUCUGAAGUUGUUAACAAAAGCAUUCCAUUCUGGGAUAAGUUAGCCGAAAUCGACCGUGAAGGCUGGGCAGCCAGAGCUCGAGUUGAGAAGAAAAGCGACCAUUACAUCUACAUUCGCAAGGCUCGGGAGAAAGGCUGUGGAGAAAGGGAAGUGCUCAGCUUGCAGCUUAGCGAUUGCGAGAGCGAUCCGGACGAGUUACCGGGACAGAUCUGCGAUGUGCAGUCAGUGGAACGUCAUAUGGAAAUGAUGGAGCACCCAACAGAAACGGAAAAUCGCCCUCCAGCGGCUUCAAAUCGCAGUCAGUCGCAGGCAAAUCCGACAUCAGAAGAGGAAGUUCCCAAUCAUCAUCAAGACUCCAUGCCUCAGCAGAACGAAGAAGGAUUUAUGUCUCGACCGCGAACUACCCCACAAACGAUUGCAUCGCAUAGGGCUGAAGUUCUGUACAACUGGACACCUGCAGAUCGCAGUCUUCGCUACGACAAGGAGUCAACCUGGCGUGGAAGAACGGUGAUGUCGAAUGAGCAGCCUCGACGCUUUAAUCGUUGCACUAGCGGUUUUCGUGACGCGGCUCUUAUUCAAGGAAGUCAGUGGUGAAGACUUCAAUUUCCCGCAUAAAUUGCAAAAUAUGGACGAGAGAAAAUAAGUAGCUCUUGUACAUUAAGAAUAAAUGUUUGAGG